AUGUCUCAGACGCUCAAGUUGGCCACGAAGGCGUCCUUGGUCGCCAAGCUCUUUCCUGAGCUGUGGGUGGACUCUCUCCUCGGGGCGCGAUCGAAAGUUCUGAAAACCCACAAGACUCUGGAGGAAAUGCCGGGACCCAGCGCUCUCAGCUUCUUCAGCGACCUUUUCUGCAAAAGAGGGCUCUCGCGACUGCAUGAACUCCAGAUCGAAGGCAAGGCUAAAUAUGGCCCAGUUUGGAAGGCGAGUUUUGGGCCCAUCCUCACAGUCCAUGUGGCAGAUCCCAGUCUGAUUGAACAGGUGCUAAGACAGGAAGGCAAGCAUCCCAUUCGCUCUGACCUCUCCUCCUGGAAGGAUUAUCGAGUGUGUCGAGGCCACGCAUACGGGCUGCUUACAGCGGAAGGUGAGGAGUGGCAGCAAAUUCGCAGCAUCCUAGGAAAACACAUGCUGAAGCCCAAGGAGGUGGAAUCUUACACCGGGACCCUGAACGAGGUGGUCAGUGAUCUGAUCGGCCGGCUGCAGCACCAGAGAAAUCUCCACGAGCGACACGUGGUCAAGAAUGUGGCCGAUGAAUUCUACAAGUUUGGAUUAGAAGGUAUUUCUUCGGUCCUCUUUGAAUCCCGCAUUGGCUGCCUGGAACCCAAAGUUCCAGAAGAAACAGAGAAGUUCAUUAGCUCCAUCAACACCAUGUUUGUCAUGACUCUGCUCACUAUGGCCAUGCCCAAAUUUUUGCACCAAAUCUUUCCGAAGCCGUGGCAGAAGUUCUGUGAAUCUUGGGACUAUAUGUUUGAGUUUGCCAAAGGACACAUCGAUAAGCGGAUGGCUGAAGUUUCAGAAAGAAUCACCCAGGGGGAGAAAGUCGAAGGAAAAUACCUCACUUAUUAUUUGGCACAAGAAAAACUGUCCAUGAAAUCCAUCUAUGGAAAUGUGACUGAGCUUCUCCUGGCUGGUGUGGACACGAUCUCAAGCACCUUGUCUUGGAGUUUGUAUGAGCUGUCCCGUCACCCUCAGAUACAAGCGGCCGUCCAUGAGGAAAUUACCACUGUGAUGAAGGAGGGCCUCAUUCCAACCGCUGCUGAUGUAGCUCAGAUGCCUCUGCUGAAGGCCGUGGUGAAGGAAGUCCUGAGAUUGUACCCAGUGAUUCCUGGUAAUGCGCGUGUCAUCUCAGACAGGGACAUCCAAGUGGGAGACUAUAUGAUCCCCAAGAAGACCCUGAUAACCCUUUGCCAUUAUGCUACCUCUCGAGAUGAGACGUACUUCUCCGAUCCCAACUCAUUCCAGCCUGAGCGAUGGCUGCACAAGAAUGCUUCACACCACCCCUAUGCCUCCAUUCCCUUUGGCUUUGGCAAACGCAGUUGCAUUGGCCGACGUAUUGCGGAGCUUGAAGUAUAUCUGGCGCUGGCUAGGAUCCUGAUGCAUUUCGAAGUGAAACCUGAAGAGGAGGGACAAAUUGUAAGCCCCAUGACACGGACCUUGCUUGUGCCAGACAAGGACAUCAACUUGCAGUUUCUGAGUCGUUAA